AUGGACGGUGUGCUUUGCAACAGCGAGGAUCUUUCCAGACGAGCCGCCGUCGAUGUGUUUGCAGAGAUGGGAGUUGAAGUCACUGUGGAGGAUUUCGUUCCUUUCAUGGGAACAGGUGAAGCCAAGUUCUUAGGAGGUGUAGCUUCUGUCAAACGGGUACAAGGUUUUGAUCCAGAUGCUGCGAAAAAGAGGUUCUUUGAAAUAUAUCUCGAUAAGUAUGCAAAGCCAGAGUCUGGGAUUGGAUUUCCAGGAGCACUUGAGCUUGUUACUGAGUGUAAGAAGAGAGGUCUCAAAGUUGCUGUUGCAUCUAGCGCUGACCGUAUUAAAGUUGAUGCCAACCUCACAGCUGCUGGCUUGCCUUUCUCCAUGUUUGAUGCCAUUGUUUCAGCAGACGCCUUUGAGAAUUUGAAACCAGCUCCAGAUAUUUUCUUGGCUGCUUCCAAGAUCCUGGGUGUGCCAACAAGCGAGUGUGUUGUUAUUGAAGAUGCGCUUGCUGGAGUCCAGGCUGCCCAAGCUGCAAACAUGAGAUGCAUAGCUGUAAAAACUACUUUAUCUGAAGCAAUUCUUAAGGACGCUGGUCCGUCAAUGAUCCGAGACAAUAUUGGAAACAUUUCAAUCGAUGACAUUCUCACUGGUGGCUCAGAUUCUACCAAAAUGCUUAAAGAGAACACUGCCAGCAACAAAACAAAUGACGACGGGUUGCAGGGUUCUCGCCGGGAUAUACUGAGGUACGUGAGUCUUGGGGUUGCUCUUUCUUGUGUCUACUUCACUGCCACCAACUGGAAGGCAAUGCAAUAUGCUUCUCCGAAAGCUUUGUGGAACGCAUUGGUCGGAGCAAAAAGCCCUUCUUUUUCACAAAACCAAGGUGAAAGGAAUUUUAACAGAGUCCAACAGUUUGUUGAUUACAUUGCUGAUCUGGAGAGCAAGCAAACAGCUACAGCUGUGCCAGAAUUCCCGUCUAAACUCGACUGGCUAAACWCUGCCCCUCUCCAGUUUCGCCGAGAUUUGAAAGGGAAAGUGGUUAUACUUGAUUUUUGGACCUACUGCUGCAUAAACUGCAUGCACGUAUUACCGGACUUAGAGUUUCUUGAGAAGAAGUACAAGGACAUGCCAUUCACCGUUGUGGGUGUACACUCGGCUAAGUUCGACAAUGAGAAGGAUCUAGAAGCCAUACGAAAUGCAGUUCUACGCUAUGAAAUCACCCACCCGGUUGUAAAUGAUGGAGACAUGUAUAUGUGGAGAGAGCUCGGCAUCAACUCGUGGCCGACAUUAGCUGUUGUCUCACCAAACGGUAAACUCAUAGCACAAAUCGCCGGUGAAGGUCACCGCAAAGAUCUUGAUGACUUGGUGGCAGCAGCUCUAAUUUAUUAUGCUGGGAAGAAUGUAUUAGACAGUACUCCGCUUCCUACACGUUUGGAGAAAGAUAACGAUCCGCGCUUGGCCGCAUCUCCAUUGAAAUUCCCAGGGAAGUUGGCAAUUGAUACUCUUAACAACCGGCUAUUUAUCUCAGACAGUAACCAUAACCGUAUUAUCGUAACUGAUCUUGACGGGAAUUUCAUCGUCCAAAUCGGCAGUACUGGAGAAGAAGGUUUCCGUGAUGGCUCCUUCGAAGAUGCUGCAUUCAAUCGUCCUCAGGGACUCGCUUAUAAUUCAAAGAAGAAUUUUCUUUAUGUUGCCGACACCGAGAACCAUGCUUUAAGGGAGAUUGAUUUUGUCAACGAGACUGUGCGGACUUUGGCUGGCAACGGAACUAAAGGCUCAGACUAUCAAGGUGGAAGAAAAGGAACCUUACAGCUUUUGAAUUCUCCUUGGGAUGUAUGCUUUGAGCCAGUAAAUGAGAAGGUCUAUGUUGCAAUGGCUGGUCAGCACCAGAUUUGGGAAUACAAUGUGCUUGAUGGUGUUGCUAGAGCUUUCAGUGGAAAUGGCUAUGAAAGAAACCUCAACGGUUCUACCCCUCAGACAACGUCAUUUGCUCAGCCUUCGGGAAUCUCGUUAGGCCCUGAUCUGAAGGAAGCAUAUAUUGCUGAUAGCGAGAGCAGUUCUAUUCGUGCCCUUGAUCUGCAAACUGGAGGAUCAAGAUUGCUAGCUGGUGGUGAUCCCUAUUUCUCCGAUAAUCUUUUUAAGUUUGGAGACAAUGACGGUGUGGGAGCAGAAGUGCUCCUGCAACAUCCAUUAGGUGUAUUAUGUGCUAAGGACGGCCAAAUAUAUCUAGCUGAUAGCUAUAACCACAAGAUCAAGAAGGUGGACCCUGUGACCAAACGUGUUGUUACUGUCGCUGGAACGGGAAAAGCGGGUUUCAAGGAUGGAAGGGUCAUGGUUGCUCAGCUUUCAGAACCUGCAGGACUUGCUCUAACUGAAAAAGGGAGGCUUUUCGUGGCGGAUACAAACAAUAGCCUUAUCCGGUACAUAGAUUUGAACAAGGAAAAUGCAGAGAUUCUUACACUGGAGUUAAAAGGUGUUCAGCCGCCAGUGCCAAAGACAAAAUCCUUGAAACGUUUGAGAAAACGUGCCUCAGCUGAUACAAAGAUUGUCACAGUGGAUGCUAUUACAUCUCGCGAAGGAGAUCUGAAUCUCAAAAUCUCAUUACCAGAUGGCUACCAUUUCUCCAACGAAGCACGGAGUAAGUUUGUGGUUGAUGUAGAGCCUGAAAACGCUGUUAUGGUCGAGCCAGUGGAAGGAAAUCUCGGCCCCGAUGGUUCAACAAUGCUUCAUUAUAGACAGUCUUCAACUUCAGCUUCUGUUGGGAAAAUCAGUUGCAAGGUGUACUAUUGCAAAGAAGACGAGGUUUGCUUGUACCAGUCUGUACAGUUUGAGGUCCCUUUCAAAGUGGAAUCAGAAUCUUCGGCUUCUCCGGUGAUUGCAUUCACCGUUAAACCCAGAUCAUCCGAUACCGGUGGGUUACAGCUUCAAUCUUGA